AUGCCGCGCAAGCCCCAGGCAUACGAUGACUACGGUUCAGCCGUUUCUCAAAUCAUCCUCUCAUCCUCCGAUUCGGAGUUUCUCGACCAGCUGAUCCCGGUUCUCAAAGAUGCGACACUCAGCAAUAGAACGAAUGCUCUUGUACAGAGCUUGUCCCACUACUCGGAGGAGCGCGAGGCAGACAUUGAAACAAUCGGCCUGACAAAACACGAGGAAUUCCUGGGCUCGGUCAACCAGCUACAGAAAGUCCGCGAGGGAACAGUGGCUCUGACAGCAGAGAUUCUCGAGCUCAAUCAGUCGAUCCAAGCGAGCACGGAAAAACUGGCCGAGCAGAAGCAGGGUCUGGUCAACACAAGGGCCGUCCGGCAGAACAUUGCAGAUGCGUCGGACGCUCUGAAGGAGUCACUCAAGAUCCUCCAUGCAGUCAACCACGCACAUGACCUGAUCAAGAAGAAGAGGUACUAUGGUGCUCUCAAGUCACUGGAGGACCUGCAGAACGAGUACCUGGUCCCCACGAUCCAGAACAAAUAUGCUACGCAGCACCGACUCGCCGACUUGAUCCAGAAAUCCAUACCCGCAUCUCAAAAAACCAUAUCCGAGGCCGUCAUGACGGACUUGAACACCUGGCUGUUUCGUAUCAGAGAGACUUCGCAAUACCUCGGCGAAGUUGCCUUCUAUCAUACAGAGAUGAGAAGGACGAGGCAGAGAGAACGUGUUGAGAAGAACGACUACCUCAAGAACUUCAAGCUGAACUCCGCUAUCGAAUUAGUGUUUGACGAGAUUGAAGAGUUUGAUGUUCUGGACAACGAGGAGCUCCAGAUAGACUUCACGCCUCUCUUCGAAUGCAUGCACAUUCAUGAUGCGCUGGGCCAGAUUGAUAGGUUCCGAUCAGACUACGCAGCGACGAGGAGACAGCAAAAGGACCUAUUGCUGCCGAACUCGGUUGAUCUGGAGUCGGAGGAAGACUCGUCCCUGAGCAGUCUGCUGGAGGGAAUCGCAGGCUUCGCUAUUAUUGAGAAAGCCACCAUGCGGAAAGUACCGCAGCUCCGAUCAGCUGUCGAUGUUGAUGAGCUUUGGGAUUCAAUGUGUCAGACUGCUAUCACCUUGAUCUCGAAAUCACUAAGGGAAGUCAGCAACGCCGAAAUCCUACUCAAAAUCAAGGGCGUUGUCGCUCUAUUCAUUCAGACCAUGGAAGGGUGGGGCUACUCCGUCUCGAUGCUUGACAAUUUCCUCCUGACGCUGUUCGACAAAUACGCGGAGCUGCUUAAGAGGCGCUUCAGCGAGGACUUCCAGGAGAUUGUCUCUACUGACGACUACAUGCCUAUGGCUAUCAAUUCGGUGGAGGAGUACGAAAAAGUCGUCAACGUCAGCUGGUUCACGCAGGAGAAAUCGGCAGAGGAGCUCACAUUCCCCUGCGUCCUGCCCUUCUCGCAAAUGUACCCCCUGUGUUGCAUAGACAUUCGGAACUUCCUCAACCAAUUCUACUUUUUUGCCGAUGAUCAUUUCCAGCACCCCAACGUCAUUGAUGAUACCCUCAGAAAGUCUCUAGAUGAGUUAUUGACACAGAAGGUCUGCCAAUCGCUCGUGGAGCGGCUCAGCUCUCAGUACCUGGGUCAGAUCGUGCAGAUCCUGAUCAACCUGGAGCACUUCGAGACUGCCUGCCAAGAAUUGGAGCAGUUGUUGAUUCGGGCCCGAUCGUCUACCUCAGCCGGCGGCCCCGUCACCUUGAGCGCGACCGAGCAGUUCAGGAGCAACAAGAAGACGGCAGAAAAGCGAAUCUUCGAGCUGGUCAAUUCCAAGAUCGACGACCUCGUCGACACAGCUGAAUACGACUGGAUGUCUACCACUUCGCAAACUGAACCAAGCAGCUACAUGCAGACUUUGACCAGGGAGAUCAAGGAGCUCAUCUACUUUGAUGCCCUGAGCCAUGCUGCAGACAAGAUUCUGGCGCUUCCUUUGUCUCAAGAGGUCAAGCACAUCAACCCUAAUGGCGUCGCCGCGUUGGCCAAGGAUGUCCAGUACCUCGUCGAGUUCGUCGGCGGCCUCGAGAACGCCUUUAUGCUCCAGCAGAACCUGGACGAGCUGCAGCAGACCGUCGCUCUGAUGCAGACCGACAAUGUCGAGGAGUUCUACGACGUGUCGACGAGGAACAGGAAGUAUGGCCGCGUCAACGCGCUCAAUGGCCCUGUGCUCCUGGAGAAGCUCACCCAUUCGGUCGAGGGCCCGAACCGGACAGCGCAAGCCAUGGCCAACUUCUCUUCACGCUUUGGCCUGAGAUGA